AUGCAGCUAAACAUUUACGGAGCUCAGUGCUCCAUUCAUAUCUACAACUACGGUGAGAACCAACAAGCACAUGGUCAGGAGCCAAAAGCAAUAUCUAACCCAUCUCAGAAGGUGGCUGUUGAACAGCCGCAACUUACCGAAAUGGCUGCUAAUCUAUCGAGUCAACCUCAGACCCCCCGAACCGUUUCGUUAACUGUACCAUCAUCCGUCUCAGCACCAUCAUUGCCAGCUGUCGGCGAGAACGCAACAGCAACACUUAGGUCCCCAAGUCCUCUCACAUUAGAUGCUUCGCCAUCUCCUAUAUCUUUGCCGUCCAUGGAACCCUUAAGCACACCAUUGCCACCUACAUUCAAAGUGCCGGACACUCUUCUCCCGCUCAAGAAGGCCACAUUCCCUCCUCCCCCAAGGUACAUACCCGCAAUCCCAAUCGAGAAAAACGGCCGCAUGAUCUAUCGUCCCACACGUCCGCCAACAGUCCCCAAGAAUAAUUCUGGCUUCGUUGCAUCCCUACUGAAAGACAACAAACGCUUGCGGGACGAGCGAGACGACCUCGAAGACGAACUCGAAGAACCCCGAAAAAAGUUCGAGGACCUAGAGGAUAAGUGUACAGACCUAAAAGCCAAGUUGAAAAGGGAGCAAGACAAAUUCGACAAGCUGGAAAAACAGCACUUUCGAACUGAGAAAAUUCAAAAUCCCCCAAUGGAACUGGAAGAAGAUCUGGAAAAGGAGAGGCACAAGACUGCUGAUCUUGGUGAGAGGAUCUCGAAGUUGCAGAAUUUGUUACGGCAGACGUUUGCGAAGCUUGAGGAGAAGGUCUGUCCGAAUUGCCGGCGGCCGAGCAGUACUAUCAGUAGCUCCGAACCUGCUGCUGAAAAAGAAGAUCGUGCUGAUCAGCCAGGAUACAAGCGCACCUUCCACGGGGCCUCCUUCCAUUCGAGCUCUGUGUCAUGUGCUUCUGGCGCCGCGUAUGAGAGUUCUGUAAUGGACGUGAUCGAUGAAUAUCACAGUGGUAGUGAUACAGAUGACGAAGAGCUGGAGGCUGUCAAGAGCCCGCGACUGGUUGUUGAAGUUGCAGUGGGCGUUGCUGGAGACCUUGAGGAUGUCUGCUUCUGA